CAAACCCUAGCGCUGCAGCAGUAACGCGAUUAGGGUUUCUGCGCCGAUUCUCAGGAGGUUAUACAAACUAUAAAGAUCUCUUCUUCCUUCGACAUUUUCCCAGCAUCCAAACAAGACAAAUUCAAACCUCAACCGGAGACGUUGAUCAUCGCAAUUCUUUCUAAAGUUACAACCGUCUACUCUUUCUUUGCAGGAAAUUAAAAUAAAUUGCGAAUAUGGUGACCGCCAAGAAAACCAAGAAGACCCAUGAGAGCAUCAACAGCAGGCUUGCUUUGGUGAUGAAGAGCGGCAAGUACACGUUAGGAUACAAGAGUGUGCUUCAGUCUUUGAGGAGCUCCAAAGGAAAAUUGAUUAUAAUAUCGAAUAACUGUCCCCCGUUGAGGAAAUCUGAGAUCGAGUACUACGCAAUGCUUGCUAAAGUUGGGGUUCAUCAUUACAAUGGAAACAAUGUUGACAUGGGAACAGCUUGUGGAAAGUAUUUCCGUGUCUCUUGCCUAAGCAUUAUUGAUCCAGGUGACUCUGAUAUCAUCAAGACACUACCUGGUGAUCAUUGAGCAGAUUGAAUUUGGUUGGUGCCAUGUUUUUGUUUUUGAGAUCAGAAUGAUGUUUUAUUUUUCCCCUUUUUUUCAAUGAUGAGAUGUCACAGAGAAGAUGUUCACUUAAGGAUGGACUUAGGAUUACUCAGUCUUUUGUCUACCUCUAAAAUUUUUUGCUGUUAUUAUUUUAUACUCUGCCUUUUCUAUUUGCAUGAUACCUUUGCAAUUAAGCCCAGUUGAAAUCUUUCUCAAGUGCCCUGGGGUGUCAUGAGAGUAAAUGCUGUAGCUUGAGUAAAAUGUAUGUGGACAUGAGAUAAUGAAUGGUACAAGGAGGUAUUGCUGAUUAGA